UCUGAUUAAUAAGCAAAAAAAAAAGUUUCACACUUCACGCCAUUUUCGUUUCAAGUCUCAUUCUCUCUCUCACUUGGUCGCUCAAAUACUCCCUCUUCUCGAACCUGCAAAACCCUUGUUUCGUUUCGUCUCUUAGGUCUCUGGUCAGGAAUCAAACACGAUUCUUAGAAAUUAAAGAGAAGAUAGGAAUGGCACCCAGAGGAAGGAAAAAGCAGAUUGGAUUGAGGCGAGAGGAUGCAGCACGAGACCGCAUGAAAGAGUAUGGGUUUGACAAGCGUGUUAUCAAUGCGAGUAUCAAGCACGUUCUAGAGGUGUAUGGUGAGGACCAAUGGUUUCUGAUAGAGGAUGGUAACUAUGCUGCCCUCCUUUCUAUUUGCCUUGAAAAGCAAGAGGAACAAUCCAAACAAUUGGUGGCCAAGGAACAAGAAGAAAUGGGUCUGGUAAAACAAGAAGAAGAAGAAGAAGAAGAAGAGCAGGAGGCUGAUGCAUUAUCGAUCACUAACGAAGCAGUCAUGAACUCAUCACCGCCAGCUUUUCAAUUCGUAGAAGCUUCAGUAUAUAAUGCACGCCAUUCUGUUGGAGGUGCCCAGAGUUCUCACUGUGGGUGGCUAAGCAGUGAGGAGGAGACAGAUUCAGAUAAGGAUGAGGGUAGUAAUGGUGAUGAUGAUGAGAUGAUUCAGCUAACUCCAGAACCUCUCUGUGAAGAACUUGAAGAGCUUCUCAGGGAAGUAUAUGGACAGAAGAAGCUGAAGCACAACUAAGGAGUCAUAAGCUCAUGUAACGACAGUUAAUAUCUAUCAAACUUAUGUUAAGAGACUAAGAAGUGUAGUGAAAGAGUAAGCUAGUAUUAGAGUAAAAAGGUAAAAGACCCCCUCUCACAAAUAUGUUUAGGUCUUUAAAUAUUGGUUUAAUUUAGUUUUUAAGAAGAAUUGUCAUGAGGUCUAAAAGUUCUUUGAUAUAAUUUGUGUCGCA